AAACCCUAGCAGUACAGAAGUUAAUAAUUUCUAAAAACAAAAAGUUUAAUUGAACUCUCGCCAGUCUUUUAAUUACAUUAUGAGAUUGCAUUGAAAGUAAUCAUUUGCUAUAAUUGAAAGAAAUUAAAGUAAACACGACCAACGUACAAUGUGUUAAUUGAAAAAAGAUUAUAAAAUAGAAAUCUUAAGGUAAAUUUUUUAGUGCAUUGUUGACUGGCAAUGGGUACAAUUCGAGUGAAUAUUGUUAUUAUUGCAUUGAUGGUGUUAUGUGUUAACUGUAACACUGAACUAUCUGAAGCUAACGAUGCUAAUCAAAGAGAUAUCAGUCAUGUCACAAGAGAAUCUAUUGGCGUACAAGAUAACAUAAUAAAAUAUUAUUUAGACAAUGGACAAGAAAAACCCUUUGUACAAGAGAAUGUCGACACGAAAGUGAAAACUAAUCCAAACGCAAAUAGACGGACACUAUUCUGGCCAAGGAAAAAGCCAAUGAAUAAAAUUAAACAAUUGGACCAAUAUAAAAGUAUAGAACUACUAAAUGCUAUUAAAGAGAGAUUGGAUAAGAGUAAGUCAUUAAAGCGCGCGCGAAUCAAGCCAACUAAGCCAUACAAGCUACCCAAGCCACCAAUAAAACCAAGAAAACCAAAAUACGAUAUCACUUGUGAAAUUGAUAACGAGGAUAAUAAUAUAAAUAGCCCGGAAGAUAAUAACGAGGAACGAUUAUUGGGUCGCUUUCCGCCGCGUCGUCCAGGUCUAAACUUAUAUGAUAAUAUGGAAAUCUUAUCCGUAAUUAAUGAGAGAUUAAAUAAGAAGAAGCCUAAAGAAGAGCCUAAGAAGCAAUCAAGAAACAUUCGUCUAUCCAACGAACUUUACCCUCCGCCGAAAUGGCCCUGGCCAAUGCGACGUUAUCACCAGUGAUGUGUCGUAAUAAAUAUGCAUAUUGAUGACACCAAAA